AUGCGCGGGCACAAUGACGUCACACAGGCGCCGGCGCUUGCGGUGACCAAACGUAUAAUAGAAAGAGACGCUGGCUUCGUAUCUGGCGGUGAAGAUGACGACUCGUGCUCUGGGCCAGCACAUUCCGACGAUUCUGGAGUUAGACUGCUCGAGAACGAUAGAAAACACAGCAGAUCCCCUUCGAGACAACCACCAAAGAAAAGAAUACGCCUCAGUUCGCGAGAAGACCUGACCAGCUUUGAAAGUGACGCGCCAUCGUCCCCUUUUAGACCCUGGUCAUUCGUAGAGGAACCACAACGCGAACCUCUCUCCUUAGUCAAGAAAACCAGUGAAACUAGUCUGCUCAGGCAAAGAAGACGACCGCUUGAGCCUCCACCUCCACCAAUAACAAUUAUCGAACCAGUUGGACCUCCGCGAGUCCCCCCUCAUCCAGGAGUAGAAGAAUGCUCUGACAAAAAACCUAGGGAGCAAAGAAAUUACAAGAACAUGACGAGAGAGAGAAGGAUAGAAGCAAACGCUAGAGAAAGAACAAGAGUUCACACAAUCAGCGCUGCCUUUGACACCCUUCGAAAAUCAAUCCCUGCAUAUAGUCAUAACCAGAAACUGUCUAAGCUAUCAGUAUUAAGGAUAGCAUGUGCGUAUAUUUCUGCCUUAUCAUCAGCUAUAGAACCAGACGACGACCUCUCAGAAGCAGUAGAAAAAGUCACCCAGACGAUACACACAGAAGGAAAGUUAAGAAAAAAGAAAGAUGACCCUUGA